UGUUUAGGCACGUGUAGCGAAAAGACAGGAAGAAAAUGUAGAGCAUAACAAAUUUGUUAGUCAGUGGUCCGUGCCUACCUUACUUUUGCAUUUUCGUAAUAGAUUAUUUGAAUAUAUAUUUCGUUCAUUCAUGUGAAUCCUAUGUAGAGGUAAGCCCGGCGAGGCAUUUUUUCCACGUCAAGCGAGCGAGCGUCACUAUUGAAUGCUAUAAUCAAUUUAGUUUGUGCUGUUUGUCUCAAGCCUCUGGCUUCCCAGCAGUAGCCUAUCUGGCCCAGUGAAAAUCUAAACCACGAAACUGACAGUGUUUAGCUUCCAAGCUGUAACGUGCGUUUCUUUUUUUAAAGCAUGCCACUGUUCAUAUUUUUAGUCAUGCUUUGGUUAUGUGCAAAUGUUGGCCAAUGCACAACAGCAAAUGUUUCCAAAUUAUUUGAGCACACUGCUGAACACUUGACUGAAAAAAUGCAUUCUGGAAAGACGUUCUUUGUGUACUUUGGACACCAAGUCAGCCCCACCUUAGUGCUCUUUCUUGACCAACUGGAGAUGUCGGCGGAAGUACUGGAAGAUUAUGGUAUUUCAGUUGCUAAGGUGAAUUGUAGCAAAGAGCAUGUUGCAAAAUACUGCACAGGUGACAAGAUAAUGAAGAAAGCCUAUCUAUUCAGAGGCACUGAACUCCUGAAGAGCUUCGACACAGACACCGUCUUUGACGUUCAUGCCAUCGUCUCUCACGUACUCUUCACAGUGUUGUUUGAUGAGGUGAGGUAUGUGCACACCGUGGCGGAGCUACUGGCGGUGGAGAGAGCAGCCAAGGGCAGGUUGGACGUUGUGCUGGGUCACGUCCAAGUUCUGGGCCUACCAGAGCAUCGGGCGCUGAUGGAGACGGCAUUCGUGUACGGAGCCAAGUACCAGUUUGUGCUCACGACCGGAGGUCCAGUCCUGGAGCACAUGGGAGUGAAGGAGCCAGCGUCUCUGGCCGCGGGCCUGUGGUUCCUCCACUGCAAGGGGCUGACGAGGCUCAUGGAGCCCUGCCCACACACGGCUCUGACCAGAGCCCUCACCACCCUCCACAUCUACGCUUUCCUACAGCUGAUGGAGGCGCCGCUUGUGACCGAGUCUUCAGAGGACCCUUCCCAGGUGAAGGUGAUCCACAGCCACCUCCAGGUACCCCUGCUCUUCCUCUUCUCCCAGCGCCACACCUUGGCCCUGGACCGGGUCACGGCUCAAACUCUAGCCUGGAGGCUGAGAGGCCGGGUGGGCCUGGUUCUCAUUCACAGGGAAAGCCCAGAUGUUAAAACUACACCUGAAUACAAUGCUGCAUACAAACUAACUGGAGAGGGGUCGGAGGUCAUUUACCUCACACUGAACAACCUGGAGGAGGUCAUCGACCUGUUCAGAGUAGACGCCAAUCCAGAUGAGCAUGACGAAGAGGAGGAGGAGGAAGAGGAGCAAAGUUGGACUUCUCUUGACCUGCUGGAUGACGAAGUGGCAGAGUCUGUGUACAGGAACAGAGGUCAGACCCUGGACAUGGAGGCCGUAACAGAACUCACCGCUGACACCUUCCACAGUGCAGUGGCAGACAAUCGCCACACUGUGGUGCUGUUUUAUGUCAAAUGGGACGCUGUGUCCGUGGCUUUCAUUCCCUCCUUUCUAGAGGUUGCAGAGACCCUGGAAGACGAUGAGGUCAGCGACGUAGAAAUGGCCGCGGUGGAUUGUGGGGAGUGGACGAACGUGUGCAGUGCUCAGCUGAUCACCUUUUUCCCGACCGUCAGCCUGUACCAUCCGGGGUCCCCUGCCCAGCCGUACAGGGGCAUGCUGGGUAGUAAGAGCCUGUACACCUUCAUCAUGCUGAGCCGAGUCCCUUCCCCUGUCCUCCUGUCCUCUGUUGAGGAGGCGAGGUCGUUCCUGGACGCCCACCUGCACCCCCGCCGCCCAGGCCUCGCCCCUGCCAGGGUCCUGGGCUUGUUCAGCUCAGACGCAGACACCGGGGUGUCUGUGUUCCAGGAGGCCUCCAGGGCCCUGAGGGGAGAGACCCUGCUAGCCCUGCUGACAGGCAGGCAGGCUGAAACAUGGGCGGCAGAGCACGAGGUAGAGCUUCCCGCCAUGCUUGUGUCACGAGGUCCCCAAACCCACCCACACGCCCACACCCUCCACCCUUCCACUGCCCAGGACCUGACCUCACACAUCCAGAAGGCCCUGCUGGAGCCAUUUCCUGAGCUGACUGUGGAGAACCUCCCUCCGUACCUGGCGCUGGGCAGGCCGCUGCUGCUGCUGUUUGUGGGGGAGGAGGAGGAUGAGCAGGGGAGGAGAGAGAGCGAGGGGGCGCUGGAGGAGAUGAGGGCCCUGCUGGAGACUGGUCGGCUCGCCCCUUACCUGCCUGCCUGGAUACACCUCGGCCGGACCCCUGCUGGUAAAGUAGUCCUGGAGGACUACCUGGGCUCCCUUCCCCCACUUCCUGCCCUGGUCCUGUCCCUUCUGCCCUCAGGAGGAGAGGUGUUCCACUACCCCCCCGACAGGCCCAUCAUGGUACAGCACGUCCUGCGGUGGCUGCAGAGUGCUAAGGAUGGCAAUGAACCACCAGCAGGAGUGGUAGGCGACGACAAGUGGGAACCUGCUGUACAGUUCUACGACUUCCUGUCCGUCAUGGACCAGGAAGUGCCAGGCUAUGCCUCCCAGAGGAGCCACAAGACCAAAACACGGCCGAGGGAGGAGAGGAAGAAGAGAAGGAAUGAUAGCGGUGACAGACAAGCACAGGCGGCUUCGACCGGAUCUUCUAAGCCUCAUCAGCAUUCUGAACUGUGAGGCGCUAACUGUGGCAUUCCCAAAAGACAAAAUAGAUCCUCUCGAACAUGGAAGCUGUUGCAUACAGAUGUCUGCUUUUCUGUCUUGGCAUGCUGUGACUUAUAUUGUGAUGCCUCUGGAUAUUCUACCAUGUGAAUGUUGCUAUGUGCUAUGACGUACACUACCCUGGGUCAAUAUUGUUCUGUUUUAUACUUUUGUACUUAUUGAUAUUUAUAUUUUUGUAUUAGCUGUUGUAAAUGUACUCCUGUAUUUAUGCUGUAUCGACAUUACUGUCAUUUGAAAUGGAUGCAUUUGUGCUACUGGG